CCUGCUCGCAACCUCACCCCCUCCCACCACCUCAGUUUCAAGCCAUGCUUGUGGGAGUCACGGCUUUUAUUAUCUCGCUGUCUAUACUAUUCUAUCGCCAUCCCCCGCCGUCAUGGCCUCUAUGGGCCUUCUUCAUGGCCCCGCGCCGGGGACAGCUUUCUGAUCCGCCUUCACAGACCUCGAGGGAGCCCCCAGAUGAGACGACGGUUGCACACGAAGUAUCGAAGAAUAACGUUACACCACCGAAUGCUGUAAUACGAGAGACAGCGAAUGGGGUCGACCCCGCCCCAUCUCCGCAAACCACCCCAAAGGCCGUCCCCGUGGUCGCAAAUGCCCAACUAGUACCCUCAUUCUCCCUCGGGGCAGACGAGGGCUCUGACGAUGAAGACGAAGAAGACAUAGCGCCACCUCCUUCCUUUCCUGCGGUGAAUUCUGCUCAGAGAGCUUCUGCCAAACCUCCCGCGAUGGGCCCACCGCCACCGAAACCUCCACCAGCGUUUGCCCAACCCAGGUCCUCACAAUUCAUGGCGCCUCCUCCCCGCGUCGCGGCAUCAAAUCUUCGCGCCUUACCUACGACUGCAAAUUCACUGCGAAUCCCUUCGAGAGGACCACUGCCUAACAGAGGAAUGCCAGUCUCGAACAGCCUCGGGCUAUCCUCUUCUGCCCCUAUAAGGACACCUAACCAGCGGAAUAAAGUUCAGCUCACACCGGGACACUCGCCGCUGGAUUGGGCCAACAUGCAGAAAUCUGGAAACAAUCUGUCUGGUGUUUCGUCGCUGGUCCGAGUCACACCGACGCAGCUUAAGUAUAAUAAUGGCAGGAAAGAACGGCCGGCCUGGUCAUCGUAUCAGGGCAAGGUGUAUAAUAUCACCCCGUAUCUCCCCUUCCACCCUGGCGGGGAAGGAGAGCUGAGACGGGCUGCAGGUAAAGACGGCGGGAAGCUGUUUAUGGAGGUGCAUCCCUGGGUGAAUUGGGAGAACAUGUUGGGCGAAUGUCUGGUAGGAAUAAUGGUCGCAGAGAACGAUGUGAAGAUACCCCAGAGCUCAGCUUUAGAGGAUAUGGAUUGAGGAUCGGGAGUCUGGUUAUUGUUUGAUACCCAUUAACUGUGAAAGCAUUUGCUGGCGUUGGUUCGACUCUGAAAGAGAGGCAUUGGAGGCGAUAGAGGGAGCGCCUCAAUAGACAAACUUGUUCGCUUGAGAAAGCUUGUG